ACUAACCCUUUAAUAUAAUUAAUAAAAUUCUAAUAUAAUUCUAAUAUAUAAUGUAUGUUUAAUUAAAAUAAGCAUAUUGCAGCAGAUACCAGCUGUCAUGAAAUGAAUUAUAAAUACUCUUAAUGGCCAUAAAACAGGUUUGAUUUUAAAUGUACAGUGUAUUUUGUUUCUUUUGGUUUCUUUUGUUUCUUUUCUUGUCAGUUUUUGAGAUUCACCAAAUCGCAUUUUCUUCAGAGAGUGGAAAAAUGCUCUUCCAAGGCUCUUAGCCUGUCUAGGAGCCAUUUAUUAGAGAGAGUGUAUAAAAUAAGAGCUCUUGUGAUGGCAUAUCUGUGUAGCGUGCAGAUGACGCGCGUGGCAGUGGAUUGUGAGCUCAGCUCCGGCCCUUUAAGAAGCAGUUCCUCUGACUGUUUCCAGGGGGCGGAUGAUCUGUGUGUUACUGUUAUUUUCUUUAGUUUGCAGCGGAGCAGCAGCGCAUUAGAGGCUUUGGCAGUGCUGGAUCGCCCGGGUUGCGGGACGCGAUGUCCUGCUCCGACAUGGAACAGGGAUCAUGGAGGUUUACUGGGAAAAACUGUGUGUCUGUUAGGACUCAUUCGUGUUGAUUUGGAGAGGGACGGAUGUGGAGGUAUGGCUUGAUCAUUUGAGGACACUUUAGCGAACGCACAGCCUUUCCUAAUCGCUUUAAAUCAAAUAUUUUAUUAAAGGGCAGCUGCCCGCUGAAGCAAAGUAACAUUCGCGUUAUGAUGUAAUGUUACAAUGUAACACGUUCGCAGCGCGACGUCAUGCAACAAUGUAACGAAUUCGACCGUCCGCUCUGUUACAGUCUUUAUGCUUUUGAACCACGGAAGCUUCAUUAAACGAGCUUUGUUUGGAGCAUUUUCGUUGGUUUAUUACGGACUCUUAAAACUAACCAAAUCGAGCGAGAAUCCGUCUAUAUGCUGUAAGUGUACAUAAUGCACUCGAACGCAUUUGUAAAUAUUUCUAAACCUCUCAUAACAUCAUUUCGGUUCUCGAAGUGUCCCGGAUUGAAAUGUGGACUCUAGAAGUGAUCCAUUAAUGGCAUGCACGAGGGCACUGCUGCUGUUGUGUUCAGAAAAGCCGUCCAUAUAUCAUUCAUUUGAAGGAGUCGAGGAAAUAUGGCAGAUGAGAUAGAUAAGCCCUUGGCUGUGGACGUCGACAUAGACCCUGAUUUCGAGCCCCAAAAAAGGCCCAGGUCUUGCACCUGGCCUCUGCCCAGACCAGAGUCCAAUGCUGGAAAAGCAGAACCAGCAGAUGUGGGAAUCAUUCCCGAGGAAGAGGUGGAUGAAAAUGGCACUGAUGAUGCUUCUGCAUCUAGUGACAUUACAGGCGCAUCAAAGCCUGUCAGUGUCACAGAAGGAAAUGAGAGUGCUGCUGCUCCUGCCAUACAAACCAACGCUGCCGUCAGUGGUAAAGACACCUAUGGCUCUCCUGUUUCUUCGCAACAUGCUCUGCCCGCUGCCUGCAGCGACUCCAGCAUCAAUGGUCUGAUUCCUCAGCAGCCCAGAAAAUCCUCUGCCCGCAGGAACGCCUGGGGAAACUAUUCCUACGCAGACCUCAUCACUCAAGCCAUCGAGAGCACGCCAGAGAAAAGGCUGACAUUGGCCCAGAUUUAUGAUUGGAUGGUCCGGAAUGUGCCAUACUUCAAGGACAAAGGUGACAGCAACAGCUCUGCAGGAUGGAAGAACUCAAUACGACAUAACCUGUCACUCCACAGUCGCUUUGUCCGGGUGCAAAAUGAAGGAACAGGAAAGAGUUCAUGGUGGAUCGUCAACCCAGAUGGCGGAAAAGGGGGGAAAGCGCCGCGGAGACGUGCAGUUUCCAUGGACAACAGUAAUAAGCUCAUCAAGAGCGCCCGUGGCCGUGCCGCAAAGAAAAAGGCAGCUCUUCAGGCUACUCAGGACGGAAGCUCAGAGAGUUCCUCCAGCCUGUCCAAAUGGACCGGUAGCCCGACCUCCCGCAGUAGCGACGAGCUCGACGCUUGGACGGAUUUCCGUUCUCGCACUAAUUCCAACGCCAGCACCCUAAGCGGACGCCUUUCCCCAAUCCUGGCCAACCUUGAGAUGGACGAAGUUCCUGAUGACGACUCUCCCCUGUCGCCCAUGCUGUACUCCAGCCCUAGUAGUAUGUCUCCGUCCACCGGGCUGACCGAACUGCCCCGUCUAGCUGACCUUGCAGGAACCAUGAACCUCAACGACGGCCUCUCUGAUAACCUAAUGGACGACCUUCUAGACAACAUCAGCUUGACGGCUUCCCAGUCUCCGGGUCAAGAUGAGAGUGGGGCCAACCUACAGGGAAGCCCUGUGUUUACCUUCAGCUGCUCUGGGAGCAGUCUGGCAAUUCCCUCUGGCAGCUAUGGCACUAACUCCAUGUUCAGCCCUCCGUCCGUCACUGGCCUGAGGCAGUCUCCAAUGCAAACUAUCCAGGAAAACAAGCAGGCUACGUUCUCCUGCGGUUCUCUCUUUAGCGAGCAGAGUCUGCAGGACUUGCUCAGCUCUGAGUCCAACAGUCACAGCGAUGUCCUUCUUACCCAAUCUGACCCUCUUAUGUCACAAGCCAGUGCCUCCCUUUCCUCCCAGAAUGCCCGUCGCAGUGCGCUGUUGCUGCGUAAUGAUCCCAUGAUGUCCAACCAGGCUGGGCCUGGAGGACAAGCAGGCCUCAAGAAGGUGUCGCCAUCUGGAUGGCGGAUGAACUGCAGCGAGUCAGACUACCAAAGCUUGAUGAAGCAACAUCUUCAACAGUCUCCCUUCAGAAGCACAUCUAUGCAGCUCAACUCCUCUGAUUCGUUGUUGGCAGGUCUCAACGGCAGCGUUUCCUCCGUUCAGUUGGUGUCUCAGGAGCGAUUCCCAUCUGAAUUAGAUCUGGAGGCAUUAAGUGGGAGUUUCGAUUGCGACAUGGACACCAUCACUCGCAACGAUCUGAUGGAUGCCGAUGGCCUGGAGUUCAGCUUCGAUUCCCAUCUUAUCUCCUCUCAGAAUGCUAAUCUGACUUCAGAGAGUUUCUCCAGAACCAAACGAACCUCCUCCCAAAGCUGGGUACCAGGUUGAUCCGGCCAGGCCCAGGAAUGUAGGGACAGGCAGAACACCGCAUUUGAGCCAAACUGUCCACUGUAAAGCAACUGUACAUUAUGCUGUAGAAAAGCUAUUUGACAUCCAUUGGAAUGAGUUUGAGUUAACGUCAAUGAUUUACCCAGUCGGUGUUGUAGUUUUGUGGCUGUACGUUUUUGUAUCGUCAUGAUUGAGGCUGGUUUAAUGGACGUCGUAAAGUGUUUCGACAAAUUUAUCCUUGAAGUGCUUGCAAGUUAAUCUAUUCGCCAGUAGCAAGGUAAUUAACUCAGCUGCUAGAAUAUGGUAAGUGGAGUAUCGUAAAUAAAAGGUUGUCUAUAUAUGAAGGCUUGAAUAACAGUACUUCCCUUAGUAUGUCUAGAAUACGAAAUCCCUAAAACCCACCACUGUGUACAAGGGUGCCUGCACAACAGAGGAAGCUCUUACAAAUUCAUUUGGGAGAGUGGAAAGAGUCGGGUCAGUUUGACAACCAAGCGAGAAUCUUGAAUUCUCUAGUACCUGUGACUGGCAUUGCAGUGAAAAGUUAAAAUAUUCUCAACUUUUCAUCUUGUCACUUUGGCAAACCCUUGCGUUUUCUUUGUCGUUGCGAUACGUUAUCCUAAUUGAAAUCAAGUCAACUCUAGUCUGUAGGUGCCCUUAGUUUGUUGUAAUUUGUUGUAACCGUAAUCAAGAUUAAAAGAUUUCUAGUCCUCACAUUGCAACAAACACUUGCCUCUUGCCAAACUUGUCCUCUACAGGACAAUUGCAACAAUGGCCUGUUUACAAUACGAACUGUUGAGAAUGUUUCUGUUGUCAGAAAAAUGGCCAUGAAAAUCUGUCUGUUUCUCAGAUUAUUUUUUGUAAAAGCUGAAAAGGGGAAGAGAUUGUGUUUUUGUGAAACCAGUGAUCAUAAUGUAUCCUUGACUCCUUUUACGGCAAAAGUGAACUAUGAUAUGAUAUAAGCUAUGUAUUUAGUGUUCUGCUGUAUGAAACUAGUUUGUCAGUGUUUCCCAUGGAUUUCCUAACAAAACCUGUGCAUUUAUCCUGCUCCGAGUCCUUGAACACUGAGUUCUUGAGCAUCUCAAUCACCCCGAACUGCUUUCACUUCCUAUUUAAGAAUAGAUUAUGAGUGAUUAUAUUUGUAUAUUUGAAUGUGUAUACAGACACACACACACACACACACACACAUAGGGCCUCGUUAAUGAAGUAAUUGCUGUAUAAAUUAUUUAUCAUUAUCAGUUGAACAAUUUGAACAAAUUUGUUUUGUGUGCAUGUACUGUACACGGCCUGUAUACAUGCAUGCAACCAUUUAUGUAAGAAUGGGUUUACAAAUUUCUGCGUAAAUCAUAGAUUUCUGUUGUACUUGCAUUUCAUAAAUGAGGCCCAUAGUGCACAUGUGUAUGUGCUGUACACUGAAUAUGUGUGUAUGUGUGCGUGUUUACACAUACAUAUUGGAUUCAUUAAGCUAUAUUAACAAUUAUAAAUUUUGGAACGCUGAUUAAGGACCACUAGAUGUUUGUGUAUUUGUAGCAGGAAAAAAUUAAGCUAAGAGCAUUUGGUGCUAAGUGAAAUUGUGUUGGGUCAGUACAUAUGGCUGGCAUGUUACUUUCUUAGCAUUUAUGUGUACGUUUCUACACAAUGGCUGGUGCUAGUAGAACGUGUGCAUCAGGUGUGAUGGCAGUGUGUUUUAAGCAUCCUAAUAGUUUUAAAAUGAAAGGCAGCCACAUUGUAGUAUAUGGAUAAGCUAUGUAAGAAAGCACCUACGCUGUACUGUAUUUCACUGUUGAUCUUGCAUAUGCCAGACAACCAAAUGAGGCUGAUGAAAAAUAAUGCAACUAUUCAGUCUGAUAAAAUAGUGCCAUUCAGGGACAACUUGCAGGCGUUUCAAUAGUUGUAACCUAAUGUUGUUUUAACAUCACAGUCGAAUGUACCUUUUGUUAAGGUCAGUUUCACACCCAGAAUUUUCAUAAGCCUCUUAAAAGCACUGAUUUUUAUAAUCUGCUUUUUAUAAUCAGCUGGAGUCACAGAAUUUAAGAUGACUAUAAAAAGUCGAUUGUGCUGUGUUUACCUUUGUUUACUUAGUUUCACAUUGUGUAAUCCAUUUCAGCAUCAUAAAUGGCAUCCUCAAAAUAGAAAUGCUUUUAAUUCUGGGUUUUCAUUUCCUUUGGGUAGGAUCAUUGUACUUCACAAAAGAGCUACAACAAUUUUCAUUCAUUUUCAAUUUUAAUCCUUAAAAGAAGGAUUUAACACGAAUUGUGAAAAGGAAAUCUUCGUGUGUAGCACCACACACCACAGCUGGCCGUUAGUUAGCAUCCAUUCAAUGUUUGCUUGACUUUACCUGUGUAUUUCCAUUUUGGAUAAUGUAAACAAGGUAGUGCAAGGCAAGGUGCAUGUAAAUAAAGCUUGUAUGACACAAUAAA